CAUUCUCUCCAUCGAUCCAAAAACACUCUGCACUUCAAACAUUUUUCAUUAUUGACUCACCAAUUAAUUCAUAAACAUUUACUCCCAUGGAAGCAACUUGUCUUUGUUCCUCGCCACUUCCUCCUCCGCCAUUUUUCUCUGGUCAAUCUCAAUGUCCAAAACUUGGAUUUGGGCACAGAAGAUCAAAGAGAUCAACUGCUAGAACUGGCAUGGCUGUUGUAGCUGCUACAAGGGACCACUACGGAGGGAGAUCAGCCGUCGACGAGAGCUUGAUUGUUCUGAGAAAACGCAUUCAUGAGAUGAAAAUGGUGGAGAGGAACUACGAGCCUCCUCAGGAUUGGAUGCAUUGGGAGAAGCAAUGCUACGCAAGUUAUGAUGAGUAUAUUUGCAAUUUGGUCGGUUUUCUUCAAUCAUGUCUCAUGAACACUAGGCCUAGUUUAGCUCUCUCCAUGCUGCUUCUCGUCACCGUGAGCGUCCCGGCAUCGACGGUCAUGAUCUUGCUGCGUUUCAUGGAGGUGGCUAAUGGGGCUCUAUCCGCCGUUCAUCAUCUUAGUUGAUGUGGUUAGUUUUAGGGGUUAGCUUUAUGUAAAUUUGUAAAUGUACAAUAUGAAUUCCAAUGUCAGAUAAGAGAUCCCUCUUCAAAUU